AUGCCGGCCGCCGAACCCCCUGUUGUGUCUUCAGAAUCCGGUCUUCUCAACAUGGACGACCGGAAGCGACCCGCUGCGGAUAGCAAUGAUUCGGCCCCGCCACUGAAGAAGCAGGCGACCACUGUGAAUGGCGGGAGCAAGCCUCACCCAGAUGCCGAUAUGCCCUGGAAAGAUGACUUGGAGAGAAUUCAAAAAGAUGCGAUUUUGCGUCAGAUGCACGAAUACAAGCGAGAGAAGGUGGCUUUGGAGUUGCGGGUUAGCCAAAUGUCGAAAACAGCCUCGGGGCACAAUGACCGCCUUCGUGUGAUCGACUCUUGGUUCCGACAGUUUCUUGAUGAAAUUAAACUGUUAUUGGGACCUUCAAACGAUUCGACGAAAGAACAUAUGUUUAAGAGCUCGCUUCAGUUUGAAGAUAACGAUGCCUUCGAAUCACACCUAAAAUCGCGUUCUGAUGACAUUCGCGAGGUCAUCUCUCAAUUCCAAUCCAAAAUCGCAAAUGUAUCUCCAGAUGUCAGGGAUCUUCAAAGCCAAUUGGCCAAGAAGCUAUCGGAGGAAAAGAUCCAUAUUUCAGAAUUAGAAAAGACGCUAGCAGAAAAGCAGCAACUCGAAGAAAGCUUGGAAACAGCCUCGCUGCGAUAUAUGAUGGCGGAGAAAAAGUUGGAUCGUGCGCGGAGCGUGACUGCGGCUAAGCUCGAGAAGGGAUAUAUCAUGGGCAAUCAACGACCUAGUUCAGAAGGAGUGCAAACAAAGCGCGAGGAGUCAUCACCUGCGAAUGGUGGAACUCCUUCUGGGGAACGAAGCAUGGAAUUAGAGGAAACCAACAACCAAUUAUCAGCUGUAUCUGAAAAACAAAAGGAGCAACUGCAAAAAUUGGAAACUGAAAAUGCCAAUUUACUGACUCAAAUUACGGAGGUCAAAAUCAAGAAUUCCAAGUUAACAGACGAUGACUACGCACAAACCGAACUUUUUAAGCAACUUCGUUCCCAAUACGACGACGUGGUGAAACGUAUUAACCAUCUUGAAGCGACAAAUAUUCAGUUGCGAGAGGAAGCGGAGAAGUACCGCUCUGAGAGAAGCGAAUACAAGACACAAGUCGAGGACGAAGCCCGCAGCACAAUUGCAGAGAAGGAUAACGAAUUAGUACGGGCAGAAACCGAUCUUGCACGGAUACGAAAUGCUCGUGAUGAACUUCUGGCCGAUCUACAAAUGCGAAAAGCUACUCAGGACCAAGAGAAGACUACUGGAUCCAAGCUGCAAGAGUUGGCGGGUGCCAGAGAGGCUCGCAUCACUGCUUUGGAGUCGGAAGCAGAGAGAUUAAGGCUUCAAGUUGAGGGAUCUAACCCCGCGGAAAGUGUGGAGGAUAUGGCCCUUGAAGAUCUCCGUAGCAAGUAUACUGGGUUGCAGCGUCAGUAUGCUAUGCUAAAUACGGAAUUGACAUCGAUGCAAAUGGCGUACAAGAAAUUCUCCACUCUUGCUUCUCAGAAAGUGAUCGAUUUCAGUUCCUUGGAAGAAAAGAUGACACGGUUAACUGCUGAGAAAUCCAAAGCAGACCAAAAGUACUUCGCUGCGAUGAAGAGCAAGGAAGCCCGCGAGAUCGAGGUUCGCACACUUCGAGUGCAGAACUCUAAGACUUCUGACAUUGUUGCGCAACUCAAGGACUCUGAAGCUACCACUCGAUCUUUACUGUCCAACAUGGAAAAGCAAGCUAGCGAAGCUAAAGAAGCUUUGGCUACUGUGCAGGAAAAGCAGCGGUCUACCCAACAACAACUGACCGAGAGUAAUAUUGUGAUGGAAGGUUUGAAGGCCCAGAUCACCGAGUUGAAGGCAUUGUCAACUUCGAAAGAUUCAACACUGGGUAACGCUUCAACCUCCUUGCGACAAGCAGAAACCGAGAUUGUCAGUCUCAAGCAGUCUCUUUCUGACACCAAGAAGAGCCUCGAGAACUGGAAGGGGAAGAGUCUUGGCAAUAGCUCCUCCGAGUACGAAAUGUUACGGACGCUCGCCCUGUGUACUGUUUGUCGUCGCAACUUCAAAAACACUGCAAUCAAAACUUGUGGCCAUGUAUUCUGCAAGGACUGUGUUGAAGAACGGUUGACCUCUCGUUCUCGAAAGUGUCCCAACUGCAACCGAUCCUUUGGAAGCAAUGACCACAUGCAUAUCACCCUCUAA